UUCAGCGGAGUGAUUCUCUCGCAGGCUCGGCGUUGUCUCCGGGAGCGCGCGGCGCGGCGGCAGUGCGCUCUGGGCUCACGGCAGCAUGGCCUCCUCUCAGGGGAAAGCGGAGCUGCGGCACGCGGACUGGAUGGCCACUUUACCGGAGAACCUGCACGCGUUGCCGCUCACCAACCUCGCCAUACCGGGUUCCCACGACUCCUUCAGCUUCUACAUUGACGAGGCGUCCCCGGUGGGCCCGGAGCAGCCGGAAACCGUGCAGAACUUUGUCUCCGUGUUCGGCACGGUGGCUAAGAAGCUGAUGAGGAAGUGGUUGGCCACGCAGACCAUGAACUUCUCCAGCCAGCUGGAGGCGGGGAUACGCUUCUUUGACCUCCGCAUCUCCACCAAACCCCGAGACCCCGACAACGAGCUCUAUUUCGCCCACGGCCUCUUCAGCGCCACCGUGCGCGAGGGUCUGGAGCAGAUCAGCACCUUCCUGGCCUCUCACGCCCGGGAGGUGGUCUUCCUGGACUUCAACCACUUCUACGGCGUUCAGAACCUGCACCACGAGAAGCUGGUCCAGAUGCUGAGAACCGUGUUCGGGGACCGGCUGUGCCCGGUGGUUUUCGCUCAGGAGGUCAGUCUGAAGUACCUGUGGGAGAAGGAGUACCAGGUGCUGGUCUUCUACCACAACCCCAUGGCCCUGGAGGUGCCCUUCCUGUGGCCCGGCCAGAUGAUGCCCGCCCCCUGGGCCAACACCACUGAUCCAGACAAGCUUAUCCAGUUCCUUCAGGCCUCGCUGACGGACCGCCGACGCAAAGGAACCUUCUUCGUGUCCCAGAUGGUCCUCACGCCCAAAGCUAGCACGGUCAUGAAGGGAGUGGCCAGUGGACUGCGGGAGACCAUCACAGAGAGAGCUCUGCCCGGAAUGAUGCAGUGGAUCCGCUCUCAGCGGCCCGGAGAGAGCGGUGUGAACGUCAUCACGGCCGACUUCGUGGAGCUGGGCGACUUCAUCAGCGCCGUCAUCACCCUCAACUACUACCUGGGCGACGAUGACGACGCCACCUGAGCCGCCCAGCGCUCUCUCUCUCUCUCCCUCUCCCUCUCCCUCUCCCUCUCCCCCUCCCUCUCUCUCUCUCUCUCUCUCUCUCUCUCUCUCUCUCUCUCUCUCUCUCUCUCUCUCUCUCUCUCUGUGCUGUCUGUUUUGUUCUGGAGGAAGCCGCCUUCCUCUCCGACGUUUUUAGGGCUAAUCAGAAUCUCCGGUUCGAGUCGGGAAAGCAGUGGGACGAUUUCCGGGUCUCAGCGCUGAGGACGGAGACGAAGGGAAAGGACUUAUGAAUUUGUGUGUGUGUGUGUGUGUGUGUGUGUGUGUGUGUUUUUCCAGCUGGAAGAGUAAAUGAUGAUGAUGAUGUUGCUUUCCUGCAUCCUGUCUGUCUCCCUAGUAAAAAUGACAGCGCGUCCCGUCGUUUAUCCCCCGGUUCUGCCUCCGAUCAGAGUAACAGUAACAUAUUAAACUCAUUUCAUGGGAACUUAAUGUCGUUUGUACAGUGGAUGUGAUGAUGACUCUAUAAUAGGCCUCUCUGCUGUGGUGUUGUGACUCGUAUGACUGUCAGUCUGUAAAUAUGUGUGUAAUCCGGUUGAGUUGAUUAUUAUUCGUCACGCCAGACAGCGUUUAUAUCCGCUGUCGGUUACUCUUCUGUACAUUCCUGCUUUUUUAAAGUGCUCCGGCUCUAGAGAAGCAUUCCUGUCGUGACCCUGCAGUUUUAUAUUUUCUUCACUUUUAUCAGAGGAGCACUUUUAUUACGUUUCCUUAUGCAUGGCGUCGACUCUGAAAUGACGUUCCUCGCAGUGCUUCAGUCUCGUGUCUCACAGUGAACUGUCCGUAAGAGAACGGGAAUCCGCCGUCUGGCUUCUCGAUCCCGUGUUUAUGGCGUGAAAACAUUUCAGUGGUCUAAGCCUCGACUGUCCUUUUCUUUGGGGUCAAUUUGACCCAGUUUAAUGUUUAACGUCUCUAAAUAAAUAAAUAAUUCACAUCAUGUUUUGCAGAGAAACAAAGCACUUGACACAAACUUGGAUAACAAACUCGGAACUCAAAUUGACCCCAAGAAUAACGUUGGUCCUCGUUCACCAAUCAAAGAAAUUUCCUCUUAAAUCCGACUUGCGCGGUUCUGACGAAGACUCUGACUCGCCAGUGUUCUCUACGUGGGGUUUGUUCUUGGGUAAGAACAGAAUCUACACACACUCGAGAACACAGAGGUGAGAACCGUUCUGCGCUUUAAGAUCACGACGUGAGACUUUUUCUUAACGGCCUUUCUCAAGAACACAGUCGAGAAGACACUUGGGGGGAUUCUGGAGAACGAGGCCCAGUGGUAGUACAUCAAAACAUCAAAUUCCCACAGAAGCCACCUGUUUGGCCGUGUUCAGACUGCAGGCAGAUCGGAUUUGUGUGUCCAGACAUCACCCGUCAUGGGUUGCCGUGGUAACGACGUAGGCGUCAGUAACUAUGUAGCUACGCUGGUGACGGGAUUUCAGGAGAUAUGGAGGAGCAUCAUCUCCCCUCCAGACUCCUCAGAAGUCUCAUCAUCAUCAAUCUCUGGAGCUCCUCCCGAAUCCCAGCUCUUCAUCACUCUGGAAUCCACGUCGACGCCAUUUGUCGACAAAAACGGCACUUUGAAAUCUGAUCUGACCGUCCAGAUUGUCCAGAGCGUCCAGACUGAGACGCAUCUGUUUCAUGAGUUAUUUAGCUGUCCAGACUAGCAAACAUCAAUCUGGAUACGACAGAAAUCAGAGUUGGGCUGUCAGUCUGAACAUGGCCUUACAGGUCACAGUACAUCCACGUCAAUGCUAAUACAAUGCUGGCGAAAGCUGAAUUUAAGGUUACAGGAAAGCCUCUUUUGUCUCCUUUUUAUCACCAGACCAAAGCAGUGAUGUCAUCACGCAGUCCUCUUCAUACGUCGCCCAAAGCGCUCCAACACGGCUGGUAAUAAAAAGGCAGACAAACUGGAACUGGGUUGAUUUGAGCGUUUACCAUGUUUGCAGUUCACUGUCUUAUGAAAUAGGCUUGUCAGUUCGUAAUGACCAUUCGCUGAGAUCAGGUGUCCAUGCGUGUGGAUGGAUCAUCAGGCAUUGUACGGUGUGUUGAUGCAUGUAGCUGCUAAUGUCCAUCAGUUCUCUGUAACAUUUCCAUUGGUCAGUGUUUUGCAGCUUCCAAAAAUGACUCAUAAAUCAUAAAUCUGGUGUAAAAUAAAUGUAAAUACUCCAACUGUG